UUUUUUUGUGGCACGAUAUUUUCAAAAACACAAAAAUUCACAUACACACACACAGUGUUCGUCACAUAAUGAUAACACACAGUGUGUACAUAACCAGAACCAGAGAAUCCUAUUCAUCAAACAAAAAAGCCCAAAAAAUUUCAUCUAAAUCAUCAUCGGAUUCUCAUGAAAAAUAUAUUUUGACCAAUUUGAAAUUGUUAUUUUUUCGUUUUGUUUUUAUUGUCAAAAUUUUUACCAUUGAAAAUCUCGAUGUGGUAGUGUAUGUGGUGUGGGUGUUUGUGUUUGUUUUGUGAAAUUGUAAUUUUAAAAGUUUUAAAAUUCUGUGUUUGAUUCUUUGUCAAAUGGCUGUUGCUACAUCAAUGCCAAUCAAAACGGAAUCAUCAUCAUCGACAUCGACAUCGAUACAGUCAACUUCUUCAUCAUCAUCAUCAUCAUCGACAGAAUUAACCGAAUUAUCAUCACGCAAAUGGCCAUCAACAACAUCAACUGUAGCCGAAAUAUCGGCUACCGAAAGAAUAUCAUUAUGUGUUGGUUGUGGUUCAGAAAUAUAUGAUCAAUAUAUAUUACGUGUAUCACCUGAUCUUGAAUGGCAUGCAAGCUGUUUAAAAUGUGCUGAUUGUCAACAAUAUUUGGAUGAAUCAUGUACCUGUUUUGUACGUGAUGGUAAAACUUAUUGCAAACGAGAUUAUCUUAGGUUAUUUGGCGCCAAAUGUGCAAAAUGUUCAAUGUGUUUUAGUAAAACAGAUUUAGUAAUGCGUGCACGUAAUAAAAUCUAUCAUGUGGAAUGUUUUCGUUGUGCUGUUUGUGCCAGACAAUUAACACGUGGCGAUGAAUUUGUACUGAAAUUUGAUGAUCUUUUCUGUAAAGCUGAUCAUGAAGUAGCGGAAAAAGCUUCUGGAAUUAAUUUUCAUUCAAAUAAUGCACCAUCGUCAAAUAAUGUAAAUCAAUCAAACAAUACAAAUUCAUCAUCAACAACAAAUUCUUCAAGUGGUCAUCAUUCUCAUCAUAAUGGUGGUGGUGGCCAUCAUCGAUCAUCACAUCGAUCAUCAUCAUCAUCAUCAUCAAUGUCACAUCAUCAUCAUCAUAAUAGUUCGAAUAAAAAUCCUGAUCAUAAACCAACACGUGUUCGUACUGUUUUAAAUGAAAAACAAUUACAUACAUUACGUUCUUGUUAUAAUGCUAAUCCACGUCCAGAUGCAUUAAUGAAAGAACAAUUAGUUGAAAUGACUGGCCUAUCACCACGUGUUAUUCGUGUAUGGUUUCAAAAUAAACGAUGUAAAGAUAAAAAACGUAGCAUUCUUAUGAAACAAAUGCAACAACAGGAAAAGGAUGGUCGACAAUUAAAUAUUGGACAAAUGCGUGGUGUACCAUUGAUAGCAACAUCACCUGUACGACAUGAAAGUCCAUUACAAAUGACAACAACACCAAUCGAUGUACAUAGUUAUCAACCACCAUGGAAAGCAUUAGCCGAUUAUGCAUCAAUGCAAACUGAUUUAGAUCCAAAUGCAGCACAAUUUCAACAUCUUGUAUCACAGAUGCAUGGAUACAAUGAUGUUAAUGGUGGUGGUGGAAUGAAUACAUCAAAUGAUACAUGUUUAUCAUCAAUGGGUCAUAAUAGUGGUAUUGCUACUGGACCUUGUACACCAAUGUCCUAUCUAGCCGAACAAGAUAUACAUCAACCACCUAGCAACGUGUCAUCCGAUCUAUCAAGUCCAUGUACCAGUGAUUAAAAAAAAACGCUACAUUGAAAUUUCUGUAAAUAAUAAAAAUCAUCAUCAAAGAUGGAUUGUUUGUAUCUCUGAUUCCAUAGGAUGGAUGAAUGGAUUUACAGGAUGAG